UCCCGCACCACCACCAUGCCCGGCCACGUCAAGAAGAGCACGGGUCCCGACCCCGAUCCCUCUGAGUAUCUCUUCAUUUCUCCUGAACAAAAGCGCAUCGACCAGGCGAAGCCCUACGAUCCCAAGAGGUCCUAUUGGGCUCCCGAUCCCGAGGAGGGUUUCGUUGAGUGUGAGCUUCAGGGCGCCAAGGGUGACAAGUUGGUUACGGUUAAGCUUCCUAGUGGAGAGAUGAAGGAUUUCAAGAAGGAACAGGUCGGGCAGAUCAACCCUCCCAAGUAUGAGAAGUGUGAGGAUGUGUCUAACUUGACCUUCUUGAACGAUCCCUCCGUCUUCUACGUCCUCAAGUCCCGUUACCAGGCCAAGCUUAUCUACACCUACUCUGGUCUCUUCUGUAUCGUCAUCAAUCCCUACAAGCGUUACCCCAUCUACACCAACCGUGCCGUCAAGAUCUACAUGGGCAAGAGGCGUAAUGAGGUUCCCCCUCAUCUCUUCGCCAUCUGCGACGGUGCCUACCAGAACAUGAUGCAGGAUCGUCAGAAUCAGUCCAUGCUUAUCACUGGUGAAUCUGGCGCUGGAAAGACUGAGAACACAAAGAAGGUGUUGUCUUACUUCGCCAACGUCGGUGCCAGCGAGAAGAAAGAGGGCGAGAACAAACAGAAUCUUGAAGACCAGAUCAUUCAGACCAACCCCAUCCUUGAGGCCUAUGGUAACGCCAAAACCACCCGUAAUGACAACUCCUCUCGUUUCGGUAAGUUCAUCCGCGUGCACUUCGGCCCCAACGGAAAGCUUUCCGGCGCUGACAUCGAGGUCUACCUGCUGGAGAAGGCUCGUGUCAUCUCCCAGUCCCCCGCCGAGCGAGGCUACCAUAUCUUCUACCAGCUCAUGUCCGACCAGAUCGACUAUAUGAAGAAAAUCUGCCUCUUGUCCGACGACAUUUACGACUACCACUAUGAGGCCCAGGGCAAGGUUACUGUCCCAUCCAUCGACGAUAAGGAGGACAUGCAGUUUACUCAUGAAGCUUUCGAUAUCCUGAACUUUUCCAACGAAGAGAGGGACAACUGCUACAAGGUUACUUCGUCAGUCAUGCACUUUGGUAACAUGAAGUUCAAGCAGAGAGGUCGUGAGGAACAGGCUGAACCCGAUGGCAUUGAGGCUGGAGAAAUUGUUGCCAAGUUGCUCGGUGUUGACGCCGAGGAGCUCUACAGGAACUUCUGCAAGCCCAAGAUCAAGGUCGGUGCCGAGUUCGUCACCAAGGGCAUGGGCGUCAAUGCUGUCAACUACAACAUCGGUGCCAUGGCCAAGGGCCUCUUCUCACGUGUGUUCUCAUGGCUCGUCAAGAAGUGUAACCUGACACUCGAGACUGGCCAGACUCGCGCCAUGUUCAUCGGUGUGCUCGAUAUUGCCGGCUUCGAGAUUUUCGACUUCAACGGUUUCGAGCAGAUCUGUAUCAACUUCUGUAACGAGAAGCUGCAGCAGUUCUUCAACCAUCACAUGUUCGUGCUGGAACAGGAAGAAUACUCAAGGGAAGGCAUUGUCUGGCAGUUCGUCGACUUCGGCAUGGAUCUGCAGGCUUGUAUUGAGCUUUUCGAGAAGAAAAUGGGUCUCCUCUCCAUCCUUGAGGAAGAGUCCAUGUUCCCCAAGGCCACUGACAAGACCUUCGAGGAGAAGCUCAACAACAACCAUCUCGGAAAGUCUCGCUGUUUCAUCAAGCCCAAGCCUCCAAAGGCCGGCCAGCCUGAGAACCACUUUGCCAUCGUUCACUACGCUGGCACUGUGUCCUACAACCUGACUGGCUGGCUCGAGAAGAACAAGGAUCCUCUCAACGACACCGUCGUCGACCAGCUCAAGAAGGCCUCCAACGCCCUCACAGUCGAGAUCUUCGCUGACCAUCCCGGCCAGUCUGGUGAUGCUGGCGGCAAAGGAGGAAAGGGAGGCAAACAGCAGACCGGAUUCAAGACGGUGUCAUCUGGUUACAGGGAUCAGCUGAGCAACCUGAUGAAAACUCUCAACGCCACUCAUCCUCACUUCAUCCGUUGCAUUGUACCCAACGAGUUCAAGAAACCCGGUGUUGUGGAAGCUGGCCUCAUCAUGCAUCAGCUGACCUGCAACGGUGUACUUGAGGGCAUCCGUAUUUGCCAGAAGGGCUUCCCCAACAGGAUGCCUUAUCCUGACUUCAAGCUCCGCUACAACAUUCUGGCCGCCAAGGAGAUGAUCGAGGCGAAGGACGACAAGAAGGCAGCUACAGCUUGCUUCGAGAAAGUCGGUCUUGACCCUGAGCUCUACCGUACCGGCAACACCAAGGUGUUCUUCCGUGCUGGCGUCCUGGGUAGGCUCGAGGAGAUCCGUGAUGACCGUGUGGCCUUGCUUAUGUCCUGGUUCCAAGCAUGGAUUCGUGGUUUCAUCAGCCGCAAGCAAUACUCCAAGAUGCAGAAGCAGCGCACUGCCCUCCUUGUUGUGCAGCGCAACAUUAGGAAGUACAAGGUCAUGCGUUCUUGGCUCUGGUAUGAUAUGUGGAUCAAGCUCAAGCCCAGGCUCAAUGUCACACGUGCCGAAGAUGAACUUGUUAGGCUGGAAGAGCUCGCCGAGAAGGCUGAGGCUGAAUACGAAAAAGAGAUUAAACUGCGCCAAGAACUUGAGGCCAAAAAUGCCGGUCUUCUUGAGGAAAGAGCAGAACUCGUGAAUGCCCUCGAUUCUUCAAAGGGUGGUAUGUCCGAAUUCAUGGAUAAGCAAGCUAAGCUUCAGGCUCAGAAAUCAGAACUAGAAGCUCAGUUAAAUGAUGUGUUAGAGCGAUUGCGUAAGGAAGAAGAAGCGUCUGGCCAGCUGAAUAAUGGCAAGAAGAAGUGUGAGCAAGAAGUUGCAAACCUGAAAAAGGACCUUGAGGACCUCGAACUUGCCGUCCAGAAGGGUGAGCAAGAUAAGGCCACCAAGGAACAACAAAUCCAGAACCUUAAAGAAGAGAUCACCCACCAGGAGGAACUCAUCACCAAGGUUAACAAGGAAAAGAAGCAUCUUCAGGAUUGCAAUCAAAAGACUGCCGAGGAUGUCCAGUGUAUUGAGGACAAGUGCAACCACCUUAGCAAGAUGAAGACCAAGUUGGAAUCCACUCUUGACGAACUCGAGGAUUCUCUUGAACGUGAGAAGAAGCUUCGCAGUGAAGUUGAGAAAUCGAAGAGGAAAAUUGAGGGUGACCUUAGGCUUACCCAAGAAGCCGUCUCUGAUCUGGAGCGCAACUACAAGGAGCUUGAAGUAGCCGUUGAGCGCAAAGAUAAGGAGCUUACAGCCCUCACCGCCAAAAUUGAGGAUGAACAGGCUCUCGUAUACAGGGACCAGAGGCAGGUCAAGGAACUACAGGCUCGUCUCGAGGAGCUCGAGGAAGACGUUGAACAUGAGCGACAGGCCCGUAGCAAGGCUGAAAAGGCCAAGAACCUUCUUUCUCGCGAGGUUGGAGAUCUUGCUGAGAGACUGGACGAGGCUGGCGGCGCCACAGCCACUCAGAUCGAGAUCAACAAGAAGCGCGAGAGUGAACUGGCUAAGGUUCGCCGCGAGCUCGAGGAAUCCAGCCUUCAGCACGAAUCUGCCCUUGCUGCUCUCCGUAAGAAGCACAACGACGCUGUUGCAGAGAUGUCAGAGCAGAUCGACUACCUGAACAAGAUGAAGGCUAGGUAA